AAACAAUCAUCGACCACAACGAGCUUCCUUGAAGAUUCAUCUUUCGCCACGAGACACCGCGCGAACACGCCAAAGUCGACCAUGUCAGCUCUGACCAAGGAAGACGUGGGGGCCGCGGUCGCCUGUUCCCUCGGACCCAACUACGAGGUGCUCGAGUACCACCUCGAGUCCUUUGCCAAACAAAAAAACGGCAUCUUCGGCAACCACCAGCUGCUGACCGUAAAGGUCGAGUCCAAGCUCGUCGGCAAGGCGAAAGCUUGCACGUUUUUCGUCAAAUCGCCCCCCGAGUCGGACACCAUCCGGAACGACGUGAUGGACCCCGAAACCUUCCUCGAGGAGAUCCACUUCUACAAGGAGAUCCAGCCCGCGAUGGCGAGCUGCGGCACCAAGUGGUCGCCCCAGUGCUACCUCAUAAAGGGCGACGUGCUCGUGUUCGAGGACCUGCGCGCCCAGGGGUACCGCGCCCGUGAAGACCUGCCCCUCGACGAGAUGGACUUUUUGCGGUCGUCCCUGUCGGCCCUGGCCAGGUUCCACGCGGCCUCCAUCGCCACCGAGGCGAAGAUCGGCAAGAGCCUCCGGGAGGCGUAUCCCACCGCUUUCGCGGAAAAGAUGUACUCGAGGACCAACAAGUUCGGAAAGUGCACGCUGGUGGGCUUCGAGACGAUAGGUCUGAUGGCCAAGAAACUGGGCAUCGGGGGGAAGGACCAUCUGAUUGGGAAGAUGUACGAGCUGGGGCGCGAGAGCGUGAGGUACCGGGAGGGCAGGUGCAACGUCUCGUGCCACAGCGACCUUUGGAAGAACAACCUGCUAUUCAGCGAGACCGGCUCUGCGCCCAAGUGUCUGCUCGUGGACUUUCAAUUGCUGCGGUACGCCUCGCCUGCCUGCGACCUCGGUAUGCUCGUGUACCUGCACACGACACCGGCCUUCAGGCGGAAGUUCGAGUUCGAGUUGUUCGACCAUUACUACUCGGCUCUGCGGGACGCGGUGCUACGCUCCGGCGUUGGGGCUGUUGUUCCAGAGUACGGGGACCUCGUCGAGGACUACAGGCAGCUGAGGCUGAUCGGUAUGAUAUACGCGGCGCUCUACUUGCCCGGCAUCUACCUCAGACCCGAGGAUUUCGCGAGGCUGCUCAACGACGCUGGUGAGUUGGAGAAGUGGUUCUUCGCCGAUCGGAUGACCGUCAUCGGGGCUACCAUGGACGCGGAUCCUGCCUACGAGGAGAAAAUCAGGGACAUUCUCGAGGAGCUUUUCGAAGAGGCGCGGCGCAUAUUUCACGAUUGAGGAUACUCUUUACUCUUUCAAUGACAAUCGUUUUUGCUCUACUUGUCACGGCAACUCUGUAUUGUUCCGCGUGCGUGCACCAUAAACUACAUCAUAUUUUACGUAUAUAUAUAUAUGUAUCGACGUGUGAAAAAAAAAAAAACAAAACAUGCGUCACACGUGUAUACAUGUACAAUGUUUUUGUCUAGAGCUCGUCUGUCGUAGAGACGGAGUACAUGUAGCCUAUUUUCAGCGAUUCCAAGUAUUCGCGUGUAAUAAAAAAGCUCGGGUUGGUUAUUUGCAGCUCGUAAUAUUUCACUGUACUCGAGAAACUCGCGCAUGAUUUUCCAAGUGUGUACUCUGUAUCGGCGAUGAAAUGUAUAAAUAAAAUUCAUUCCUUUGA